GGAAAAACGGAAACAAACGGAUCAAGCGCUAAAACCCUAGCUCCCCUGCCGAAUGGUCGCCGCCCUCCGCCGCGCACCACCAUGCUGCUCCGCCGCCUCCUCCUCUCCCCCCGCCACUUCCGGCACGGCCUCCAAACCGUAGCUCCGGCCACCAGCGCCUCGUCGUCUGCUUCCUCCUCUCCACUUCCAUUUCGCCGCCUCCAGGACCUCCUCCCCUCGCGCGUCCUCUCCCCAAGGCUCCUCUCCACCUCCGGCCGCGACGAUGACGGCAACAAGCCAUGGAGUUUCGCGGCCGACUCGGGCGAUCCGGACCCCUUCGCCCAUGAGGAAGCCACAGCUGACUCUGGAGAGGCGCUGCCGGUAGGACCUGCGGCCGUCGCCGACGAGCCCUGGACGAAGGGCUUCGGCGUGGAAGGCGAGAAUGGGGACGUGUUCGAGGGGAUCUACAAGGAGGCGGCAUCGGCGGUUCCGGCGAGCGGAGAGACGGCUCCGGCCGGUGACGAGGAGCAGUGGACGCUGAGUGGGGAUGAGAAGGAUCCCUUUGCCGAUUCCGUGCUCGGGGAGGGCAUCGAUGGGAUUCAAAGAGAGGGUGGUAGGCUCGAUGAGCUCGAUGCGGAUGAAGACCCUGAGGCUGAGCUGAAGCGACAGAAGAACAUGGAGAGGGAGAAGGAGCUGGCUGAGCUGAAGCGACAGAAGAACAUGGAGAGGGAGAAGGAGCUGAUGGAGAUACUCAAAGGUCCAAAUCGUGCAUUUGGUGAUCUCAUUGCUAACUCUGGGAUCACCGAGGGAAUGAUUGAUAGUUUGAUCCUCUUAAAGGAUGUCAGGGAUGUUCCAGGAUUGCCUCCCCUAAGUGAAAUAGAAGACGAAGCCAUCCAGAAACUAAGUGCAACAUCAAGUAGAGCUGAAGUCGAGCGCCAAAAGCAAGAAGAAAUUGCCAAGGCACGAGUAAGACAGGUUGAUGAGAAAGGAAGGGCUUACGGAACAGGGAAAAGGAAAUGCAGCAUUGCCCGUGUUUGGAUUCAGUCUGGUAAUGGCAAAUUCAUUGUCAAUGAAAAGGAGUUUGAUGCUUACUUCCCAAUUCUGGACCAUCGAGCCGAACUUCUUCGUCCAUUUACAGUUACCAAUAAUUUGGGGCUUUUUGAUGUGACCUGUACUGUGAAAGGUGGUGGCGUCUCAGGACAAGUUGGAGCUAUCCGCUUAGGAAUCAGCAGGGCCUUGCAGAAUUUUGAACCAGGAUUGCGUCCAUAUCUCAAAGCAGCUGGAUAUUUGACAAGAGAUUCGCGUGUGGUCGAAAGAAAAAAGCCUGGAAAGGCAAAAGCAAGAAAGAGCUUCCAAUGGGUCAAGCGGUAACAGGUCUGUCAGCAGAACUACCACAUAUUUUCGUGGCAGGUCUCUGCUCGUUGUUCUGGGUUUUCUUGUCAAUGUGGAGAUCUCCUUGCACUUGAUCUGUGGAAGGCCCUUUCAGGUUGAUACUAAAAUACUAUUGGUUGUAUCGACAUGGGGAUCAUGCUAUACUUGAGUAUUCUAUUUAUGAAAUGAUCACACAGCGAAUUGAUCCCGAGAAUAUCAUUUGAACUAAUCAAGAUUCGAAGUUGCUCUGCAAUGAGCUGCCAAUAAAACAGGCCGUGCCAAUUAAACUCAAUGUUCAGCUCCGAUGAAAAAUCCCCUCACCUCGAUGAGGGUUUCAUGGCUGAGAAACAGGUUUCGUAUGCCAACGGAUGAUUAUGAUAAUUUGCUUCACAAUUUCUUUUUCUUCUCCAUGUUUGUUCAUGUACUCUAGCCUUCAGGUAAUCAUUUGACUAUGGUAAAGGUGUUGUACACGAUUGUUUUGUGUCUGAAAUAAUAGUUAAAAGUCCCAAUCUCUGGCAUGGCUCGUUUUCAGUUUU